GUUAUUGUAACCCAAAGCAUGAUGUUUUUCCCUUUGCCUUAAUAGCACAACCAGCUGUAAGAAGUAUAGAAGUGGAUGCACAAGGAUGAUAAUCCUCUGUAUGUGAGGUGGAGAGAGAGAGAGAGAGAGAGAGAGAGAGCAGUAGUAUGAUUUCCAUAUUUGCACCAUUGUGGGUGAAGAGCUCGAUGGGAUAACAUCAAACACAGACAUGUACGGGUUCAUCAACAGCUGCCUCCAGUCUCUGGUGAUGGAGAGGUUUGGCCAGGAGACCUGGGACAAACUCAGCUCUCUACCAGGGGUCCAGGAUACCUUCAUGACAUAUAUGGUUUACGACGACGUCCUAACCCUCAGCCUGGUGCAGGAGGCUUGUUCGCUGCUGGAUGUCUCCGCUGAUGUAUUCCUGAAGCUUUUUGGAGAACAUUUCUAUGCAUUCUGUAAGCGAGCGGGCUAUGACACCAUGCUGAGGACACUGGGAGGAAAUCUCAUCGAAUUCAUUGGAAAUCUGGACGCCCUCCACAGUUACCUGUCUCUGUCCUACCAGGAAAUGAAUGCACCGUCUUUCCGAGUGGAGAUGACAGACGAUGGGAAGAUGCUACUUCACUACUAUUCUGACAGGAAGGGCCUGCACCAUAUUGUACCUGGUAUCAUGGAGGCGGUUGCCAGAGAGUUGUUUGACAGCAAAGUGACCAUGGUGGUGCUCAAUCAAUCACAGGAAGAUGAGCGCACAGGGAAGAAGGAGCAUGUUGUGUUUCUGGUCAAACAGACCAACCAAACUAGCAAAACUAGAGACCGUAGAAGGGAGGCAUUAAGAACAAUGAGGGAACGGUGUGCGUCAGUGUCUGGGAAAAAGAGAGGCUGGGACCUGAUCAGAGCUGUGGUUCUCUCAGAAAAAGGCGGCCUCCAUCGCACCUUCAGUCCAUGUUACCCGAACAAGCUGUGGGUGGAAGAGAAAGCUUUCUGCAAUGCUUUUCCCUUCCAUAUCGUCUUUGAUGAGGAGCUGAAGGUGAGGCAGAUGGGGGUGAACAUACAGAAGUUUCUUCCAGGUCUCCAGGACAGAGACGCUACGUUGGACCAAAGCUUCACCAUCAUACACCCGCAGGUGACUUUCACCAUUGAGAGCAUCAGGAAAUUCAUCAACAGUCUUUUUGUCUUGAAGAGCAACGAAGACAAACACGCCACGCUCAAACUAAGAGGUCAGAUGUUGUGGAUGGAGUCUCUUGGCUGUAUGCUGUACCUGUGUUCUCCGAAGCUACGGAGCCUCCAGGAACUUCAAGAUGUGGGCUUCCAUCUGGCUGACCUGGCCCUGCACGAUGUCACCAGAGACCUGGUUCUCCUCAACCAGCAGCGUCUGGCUGAGAUGGAGCUCACCAACCAGCUGGAGAGGAAAAAAGAGGAACUGAGAAUCCUGUCGCGCCACUUAGAGGCUGAACAAGAGAAGACGGAGACUCUGCUUUACGCCAUGCUGCCGCGCCACAUAGCCAAUCAGCUUAAAGAUGGGAAGAGCGUCAAGGCAGGUCCGUGUGUCUGUCAACCCAGCUGUCUCUCUCUACAUAUCCGCCUGUUGCUCUGUCAAUGUUGCAUUGUCUCUAUUUCAGGGGAGUUUGAGGUUUGCACAAUUUUGUUCAGUGAUGUGGUGACCUUCACCAGCAUCUGCGCUGCCUGUGAGCCCAUCCACAUCGUCCACAUGCUCAACUCCAUGUACUCCAAGUUCGACCGACUCACCAACAUACACGACAUCUACAAGGUUGAGACUAUUGGUGACGCAUACAUGGUGGUGGGUGGCGUUCCAGUCCCCACAGAAACCCACGCUCACAGAGUGGCUAACUUCGCUUUGGGUAUGAGGAUAGCUGCCAGAGAGGUCACCAACCCUGUAACAGGCAAACCCAUACAGAUCCGCGUGGGUCUCCAUACCGGUCCAGUGUUAGCUGGGGUGGUGGGGGAGAAGAUGCCUCGCUACUGCCUGUUUGGAGACUCCGUUAACACCGCCUCCAGGAUGGAGAGUCAUGGAGUCCCUGACCACAUUCACUUCAGCACUUCUACAUACAGUAAGCUGAAGGAUGCUGGGUUCAACAUACGAGAGCGUGGUCAGAUUGAGGUGAAGGGUAAAGGACAGAUGACCACUUACUUCUUGUUGGGGAACCCGUUGAUGUCAGAAGAUCGCAUCAUGGGAAGAGAGGCUGGAGGGAGCUGUCUUUACAGGGAGGACCUUCAUGGCCAGAGGAAAAAAGAGUCUGACAAAGAGCCUGAAGUGAGAACUGAGACUUUGCGAAGAGACACACCUUCAGAUGGAGUCACUGCCCCGGACCCCACUCAAUUAGACUCAAUCACCCCCUUCGCCUGGGACAUCACCCCGCCGUACCAGACCAACGACAACAGCUGCAACACAUCUGCAAGCAAGUUCAACAGCCGACUCUGCGUCUUAUUCUAACUCAGAUUACUCUCUAGUUAGAUUACUUACAUUAGAAACAGGGUCAACUCAACUCCAGACCACACUGACACUAUGCGACGGUUCAGUGAACAUGCCACUUCACACCACAAAGUAGUUUUAUUUUAAACAAACAGGGUACCUGCCCUGCAGCUGCAAAGCUCUGUAUAGAAACCAACCUGUUUAUACAGUUUAUCUCUAAAUCAAUUCAAACUGAGCCAUUAAGCACAUGUUUCUGUAAGUUUAAUAGCCAAUUAGAAACAAUUAUGAAUCAUCCUUACUUGGAGACAUUUUUUAGCCCAAAAAUUGAAAGGUUUAGCAAAUAAAUUAAAAUAAAAUCGGUGACCCCAAUUAAAAUUCUGAACAGGGAUAGUUGUUUUCCGUCUCUGGUCUCGGCCAAGAAAUAAAACCAAUUGGACUCUGAUUGAGUUUAAUCUAUAAUAAUACAUCAUCAUUUAUUAUUAUAUAC